AUGGACUCAUGCUUGAGUUUGCAGGUCACAUUGGCAUCUCAGGCCCCAAUGAUAGGAGCCAAGGAACCGCCCACUAUCCAUAUCACAGCAUCAGUUCACAAUGCGGCGGACUUCCCAGUUACCUUUCUCAAAUGGGCUACCCCGUUAGACCCGCAAGCCGGCGUCCUAGGCAUCUUUGAAAUUUGGGACACAAAAACACAUCAGACAAUACCGGCUCCUGUCAUCAAAGUAUCACGCAAGCUUCCUGCCUCUAGAGAUGAUCUGGUGGAAUUACUGCCACGUCAAACCUUGCAAACCACAAUCAACUUGCCAACGAUGAACCUUGACAAGGACAAUGAAUAUGCUAUCCGUGCCCGAGGUGUUUGGCAUGCUGUAUGGCCUACUGAAUUAGUGAAUAUCACUGCAUCACAAUUAGAGGAUACUCAGGGGGCAAGUCGUGGGGAGUUUCUUUCAAAUGACUCGCAUGUGAGGAUCGAGUAA